UGUUAUUUUGUUUAUCUGGAAUUGUCUCUACAAAAUGGAGAAUGUUAAAAUUGUGUUGUGUUAAAAAACAAUUUUGUUGCAUUGCUGUAUAGCUAGACGGUUUUGUCAGUUAUAAAGGCUGUACGAAACAAUUACAAAAAUGGGUGAUAAAUGUCAGAAUCAACAGCAAAUGCCUAAUCCUUGGCAGUAUCCUCAACAGUACGGCAUGUAUAAUGCUUAUCCAGGGCAGACAUAUGGACAAGGGGGCUACCCUCAUCAAGGAUACUUUUAUUACCAGGACAUGGGCUAUGGCAUGAACAUCCACAAUCAGAUGCAGCAUCUCCCAGUCAAUAAUGGAAUGAUGCCUAAGCAGUACUCUCCAGGGUUUGGCCAGACAGGAGGUAGCAAUAUGGGCCAGAUGUCUGAGCAACGCAAGGACGACAAGGGUAACGACCUACCCCCGCUUCCACCAGGCCCAGCACCACCGACCAGCAUUGCCAACUACCCUACUAGCCCCCCGCCACCGGGCACUGUGCCUAUUGAAGACCACACACUGUUCUUCAACCAGCCACCAAACUGCAAUUAUGGUCCUAUCAAGUUUAAUCUCCCUGGCAAGAAGACAGGGCUGGGGUUCAAUUCGUUCAACAACUCAGGGGGUGGCAAGAAGCGCAGGAAGAGGAACAAGAACAACCAGUUCAGCAACAUAUCCUUCAGCUCGGGAUCUCCCGGAGCGAUGUACCCCCACCCACCGCCGCUGCCCGCGGAGGCCCCGCCGCUCCCCCCCCUGCCGCAGGAGCCGCUGCCCCCUCCCCCGCCGGAGGACGGCAGCGAGGAGGUGUGCGAGAGGCUGGCGAACCUGGGGGAGGGGCAGGACGCCGCCUCUCAGCCGGAGCUCCCGCCCGCCCAGCAGCCGGCCCCCGUGCCCGCCGCGGUGGCUGCCCCGACCCAGCCCAACAACGACUGGCCAGAGUCCCUGCAGAACUAUGUGGCUCGCUGUUAUGCGAAAUGUGUUGAGACUGUGGACAAGGACCAGGUAGAAAUCAUCUUGAAAGGCAAGAUCACUCGGGCAGCUAAUGAUGGCUCUCUGUGGAUCAAGAAUUGGGACCAAGAGCCUCUUCCCAGCCUGCAUAGCGAGAGAAAGUUCAUAGAGAUCAAGAAGAAAGAGGCGCCAGCCCUGGCCCCGCCCAGACACCAGCAAGGAGCGACUCAGGGGCCCAGGAAGGGCGGACUGUCGUCCACCCUGAGCUCGCGGCUGGGUGCCCGGAACAGCGGCGGAGGUGGCCGGGGCAGGCGGUCCCGGUCAAGGUCACGCUCUCGCUCGCCGGCGUUCCGUCGCAGGAACCGCUCCCGCUCCAGUGACGGUUCCCGCAGCCCCGUCAGGCACCGCAAGGCCAAGAGCAACAGCUCUUCUAGUAGUGAUGAGAAUUACAAACCAUUGAGGGUAACCAAAAGCAGAGAUGGGAUUCGAGUGACGGACCGGCUGACUCUCAAGCCUCGCAACAAACAGAAGGGAAAAAACAAGCAAAACAAGGGACACCCGACUACCACCACUGAACAUCAUAAUAAACAAGACACUUGGAAGUUAACAGAAAGUUUGAAGUCUCACAUCUACACGGAGUUUGGCCUGGGCUCAGAAAUGCAAACUAGCUCAGAACUGCUGCAAAAGAGAGCAGCCAGGUUCAGUGCAAGUCUAAAGGCGCCCACCCCUUCUCCGAAACGGAAGAAGCCUCUGAACCUAGCGUCCUCGCUCAGCAACAGUUUAGUGGACGAGUCAGUUGGCGACAUUGAUUGGUCAGAGUACCACAUUGUGGGAACGUGCCAGGACGUGGAGAAGACAUACCUGCGCCUGACAGCCGCUCCAGAUGCGUCUAUCGUCAGGCCACGAGAUAUACUUCGUUCUGCGUUAAAAAAUGUGAAGGAAAGAUGGAACAAGAACAAAGACUACCGCUACAUCUGCGACCAGAUGAAGUCUAUACGUCAGGACCUUACAGUGCAGGGCAUCAGAGACGACUUCACGGUUGAAGUUUAUGAAGCACAUGCAAGGAUAGCGUUGGAGAAUGGCGAUCAUGAAGAAUUCAACCAGUGUCAAACACAACUGCGGAUGUUGUAUAUGGAAAUAGGAGGAUUAAAUGAAAAGGAGUUCCUUGCAUAUCGUAUACUGUACUAUAUAUUUACAAAGAAUACACAAGACCUGACGAGCAUCCUGGCCACGCUCAAGCCGGACGACAAGCAGGACGAGUGUGUCAAGUUCGCCCUGGACCUGCGUGCCGCCUGGUGGCUCGGCAACUACCACAGGUUCUUCAAGCUGUACUUCACAGCACCGCGCAUGUCCAGCUACCUGGUGGACUGGUUCAUAGAGCGCGAGAGGAAGGCAGCUCUCAAGGCCAUGAUAAAGUCGUAUGUAUCGUUCUUCUGCCUGUUAACAUUUUACCAGCCGAUAUCUUUCUAUGCCCAUGCUGUAUCGUUAGAGAGGAUAGCACAUGGUCCAGUUCAUAGGCUGAUCUUGCCCUGGCAGGUUGCGACUUACUCUGAUGAUUAAAUUUUUAGUAGUUAAGCAACGGUGAUGCUCCACUGGUGGCACCGAAGUAGAAUUGUUGUGUUCUAUCGUUACGCCAUACUAAUGUAUAUAUAUUUGAAAUUUAAUAUAUUUAUUAAUUAAACUAUUUUGAAAUUAAUUUUGACUCUUCAACCAGUUUAUUCCAUCAAUUCAAAUGCAUAGAAUCAAAAGGUUUGGACUGAAAUGGCUUUUUAUUAAAUUUUUUUUGUCAACUCAAAUAGUGAUAUUACUUUCUCUUAAGCACUAUCAGCUAUUCUCAUCCUCUCUUGUGGCAGUGUGUUAGGGAUGACUCAGCAAGGGAGAUAAAGCCAGCUUUUAACUCUGCUCAGAUUGUAGUAAUGUGUGUAAGAGAGAAUCAACUAUGGUUACAAACAAGCAGUAGCAAUAAAGAGCAAUGCAUCACAGCUUUAGCACAUGCAUAAGUAUAAUUGUUUUCAUUCUCACACGAAUACAAAACAGUUAGAAAGGGUUUGUGUGUGCACUGUAGAAGGUGGGGGAAGAAGUCAAGGUCAUGUGUCCCAACUUUUCACGUGAUAACAUUCUAUUUACUGGUAAAAACCGUUCCAAACCCUCAAAAUUCACCCCUUUCUUUUACUCACAGUGUAUCCUGUUUUUCUGUCAAACUUUUAUAAAUUUCAGAUGAUUGUUUCCGUACUGCAAUUGUUUAGAGUAUUAAUAUUAGUAUGCCAUAAUAUAAAAGGUAAUCUGUGAAUCUUGAGCCUGUGCGUACAUUGAAACGGACAUUCUACAUGUCUAACAUGACUAUAUCAGAUGUUACCAUUGGUUUACCAGCUGAGUUUAGCACUUUAUUAUGCAGUUUAAUACAACUAUGAGAAUUGGGGUUUGGGUGUUAUUUCACAAACUUGUUCCAGUGCCUGGAGGGUGAUGUGGUCCUUAAAAGGUUAUUGAUUUAGAAAGAUGAACUAGGAUGGAGUGGUCUUACAACAGUGGAAACAAGUGACUUGUAACUGACAGUUGCCAGAUACCAGGAUAUUAGGUAGGGGUGAGCUGAUGCCGAUUGCCAAUUAUUAAGAUCGGCCGAUUUUGGUAAUUUUUGUCAUUUGCAUGAUCGGCUUCAUGCAUGCCGAUCCUUUUUGCCGAUUAACGCUUUCUGAAGACAAAAAAAAUCUCUACGUAACACAAAAGCACCGACAUAUUUUUUGCUUCAGAACUGAUGCUUGACGUUUUUAAGUAACAUUUACGUUACUUACGUGUUUUAAUCUUUUCUGCAGAAAAACAUUAAGUAAAGUUAUUCUAAAAAAAUUAACAUAUUCAUGAAAAGUACGUUUGUUAAAAAAGAGUAAACAAAAGCACACCAAACCAUUUAAUAAGUCAUGCAUAGGGGCCUGUUCUUUUCGCGAUCGCGAUUAAAAGACUAUAAACGCGAAAUCACAGUAAAAUACAGUUUUUACGCGAAAUCGCCAUAACACAGCGUUUUUACACAAAAUUUAGUAUUAAAACGCGUUUUUAAGCGAAAUUUAAAUACUGGGUAAAAGACUUGUCUCGUCACUGGUAAACAAACACCGCAACAUGGCCACCACUGAACAUUAGUCAUAAAUGCACUAAAGCAAACAAAAGCUUACACAUGCUCACGUUAUAAUGUUAAACUCAAAAAUAUACUGUAAAAAUACGUAAAACUACGGCGUUUAUUUUCCUUUCCGGCAUAAUGUUUGGAUAGAUAAGACAAACAGGCGAAGUUUUAAAGCCUACGCACACAGCUCUGGGCACUGAUGUCAGCUUGGAACAGCGACACCCGAUAAAUACAAAAGCAAGCAGAUGAUUAGGCAAACGGUGGCGGUGUUGUGAACAGCCUUACGUGAGUGGCCAUACCACAUCAGCCGGGGGCGCUGGCAUAUAGUUGGAACAGCGUCUUAAUAUCAAGCAGAAAGCAUUAAAUGGCACCAAAAAGCGGAAAAAUGUAAACAAACAUUCAUUUUCGAAUUGUGUGACGAUGAUGAUUAGUUGGUCAACAGUGUGUUAUAGAUUUUGUUAAAGGGAUUAAUAGAUUUCCAGAUUAGUUUAUGGGAACAACUAAUAAUCAGUGUCUAAAUCAAAAGUUUGUCAUAUAAAUAUAUGUAACCUAUUUGUUUAGGGUAUUCAGUAAUGAGUAGUUUCAAGUAAAAUUAUUUAACUUAAGUAAUUUGGAGCAUAUUUUACAACCAACUUAAAAAAGCACUAAUCGGUCAAAAAAAUCUGCAUGAUCGGUACCACAUUUCUGGCAUCGGCAUGAUCGGCAAAUGUGGUGAUCGGCUCACCCCUAAUAUUAGGAAAUGGUAUCUUCAGUUGGUAACACCCUCAUAAGUUCUUAACACUGCCCUCUUAUUAAAACCACUUUACCCUGCCUGUUAAUACUGUAUAGUUAAAGUAUACUACUGGGAACUACUGACAGAGUGCAAGUAUUAGGACCGCAAGACCUUAAUUACAGAAUCAUGUUCGUGUCAAAUAGAUUUUCUCACCAUAUCUAGAUUUUGUAUCUACAUUUAACAGUAUUCCAGCGACCGUCGCUGGAAUAACAAAGAAUGAAUUUGUGUUGUUGUUCACUUAGCUAUUGUGUCAUAAGGAAACACUGCAUUUAGUUAUUUUGUUUUAACACUUAGAAAAGCAGUUAUAUUGAAUUAGUCUACUAUUUGAACAGUUAGUAUUCUUUCUCUAUAUGACUAUAUGUAAAAAAAUAUUUCAACUAAAAGUAUCGGUAUAACAGUGUUAUCUUGUGUAGGGGCAAAGUUAUACAACGUAGUCACACAUAAUUUGAAAUUAAUAGAUACAACAUUACUACUGGAAGUACUGUAUUUUAUUUAGUACCUUCAGAACACUAGCAGGAGAGGUCAUGAAAAGUAUUUUCAGUACUUUGCUACUUUUUAUUGAGCUAUGUUGUUCGGAUAUGGUAUUUAACCUAUGACAUUUAUAUUGUUAUUUGUUAAAUUAGUUCAUCUUAAAAUUAUAGGAAAUAUAGUAAGAGGUAAGUUUGUUUUUAUAUACAAUCAUACAAUUCACUAUUGUAUGUUUGUGAUAAACAUGUUUAUACUAAAAUUUGACCACUUUAGGUAAGUAUGCCUGACAUUGAGUAGUAGGUAUUUAUUUGUGUAUGAUAUAAAAUAAGUAUUAUUAAUUCUAGUUCUCUAUAAAUAAUUAAUGUACUGAUGUACUUAGGUAAUUACAUUUGAUACCCAAAGCAUUGAAAGUGUACACUUGGAUGUGUAUCAAAUUUUGAUUAAUUCAAAUAAUUAGACAAGUUGCCUCACUUAUUGCUUUUAAUGAAGUGUAUCAGGAAAUUUUAUUUCUGAUGUGAAUUUUUGGUGUGAAUUAACUUUUAAAUUAAUUUACUUGUUGAGUUUCCAUGAAUAAAAGUGAGGUGUGCUGAUUAAGUUUGUCCGUAAUGAUGUUCUAAUCAAUAUAUAUAUAUUUUUUUUUUUUUCAGCUUGUGCUAUAAUAUUUUAACAUGUGUCUUUGUUUGUGCUGCCUUAGCUUUCGACAAGUAUUGCCCAUCACUUUCGUGGCCCGCGAGUUGGGUUUUGCUUUGGAAGAGGGUGUCAGUUGGGAAGAGAAUGUCCACAAGUUCCUUGCACCUUUUGGCUUAACGUUUAGCGAUGCCGCCAAGCAUUCGAUUGACUGCAGGCAGAGCGUUGGUGUGCUUGCCAACUUUUGAGCUGUCUGCUGUCCUUUAUUCGUGGGAGGUCCCAGUCAUUGAGUAAUCAUUCGUCUUUCUCUGUAAAUUUCUGUUGGUUUAGGCUGUUGCAACGUACUAAAGGACAUUAGUGCGUUGAAGUCUACUUUGUGUUACGUGUGUGUUGUGAACAUUGCCAUCGAUGGACGUCACUCUUCAAAAUUUAAGGGAAUGCUGAUUGCUGUUGUUAUAUUUUUUUAUAACAUUAAUGCCAAACAGAAAAUGAUAAGAAAAAAAAUGUAUUGGUCAAUUCAUUUUUCACAAAUUGACACACCAAAGGUUGUACUGUAUUAAAAAUUUGAUAAUGUUAAUAAGGGAAUUCAGACACAAAGGCAGAUUUGCUGAAUGAGAUACACCUUUGGAGUUACAAAAUACUAAGUUUUAUAAAGAAGAGAUUCAUUUUGACUUAAAUAAUAUAUAUAAACAAAGCAAAAUGUUGAAUUAUAAGAAUGAAGCAGUAAAGAGAAAUUAAUUUUUCAAGAAGAGUUUUAAUUUCAAGAUACAUGGCAUCAAAAAAUGUAGAUGAUUGAAGAAGAUAUAAAAUUGCAAUAUUAAUGAUGGAUGUAAAAAUCCAAUUUGAGAUAGCAAGUCACGUACCAUUACAACUUUAGCAUUAAGUCAAUCUUUCAAGAGAUAAAACUUACAAGAAUUUUUAUGAUGUGAAAACUUCAAGAUAAAACAUUCAAGAACAAUGAGCAACAAUCAAGUCUUUUUGGUAAGAAGAAAUUAAAAAUAUCAUAUUAACUCAUGAAUGUAAAUUAUUCUUCGACUAUGUUUAUACAGACAAAAUUAAUUGAAACAUGCAGAAAAUCUUAACAUAGAUUAUGUAGAUAUUACUUUUGAAUGUUUAAAAGAAAAAUAAUUUGUGAAUGGUAUACUACAGAAAACCUGUGACGGGAUUCAUCAGCAGAAGAAGAUAUCUUUGGCUAUUAGAACAUCUGUGAUUGGUUGAAGAUUACCAUUGGAUGUUGCUGUGCAUGCUGAAAAUUUUCCUUAUGCCUUUUUCAUUCCCAAAAACAAUUUCCCUAUCUUUCUCCUUAAUCUGUUCAUAAUUUUUACAGCAACAUUCACUGGCAGUUUCAUCUUCGUUGCGCAGAUGGGCUUACAAAUGAAUGUUUCACAUCAAUAGAAGUGACAUGUUGGAUGUUUUAUAUUAGAGUUAAAUCUUCCAAAUUUUAUCUCACUUCUAAAAGAACGAGGUCUUUGUUUUGUGUUGUCUCAUUUCACUGUAGGGCGAAGGGACCUCCCAGAUUCCAUUGUCUCUGGGAAAGCAGUUUAGUCAUUAAAUCAGGUAACCAGCAUUUUCCAGUAAUUUCCAGCGAUGUCAGAAGAUUUUGGAGGCAGAAGAGGAUCCGGUGGCGCUGAAGAAGAAAGAAGAGUCCACGAUACCAAGGCAGUGCGCAACGUAGCUUGUGGCCAUCAAGAUAUCCGGUUGUUGGGUUUCGAUUUAAUUUGCAGGGACACUGGUUGAAUUUGUUUGCUUCAAAAUUGCUCCAUUCUUCAUACUUCUUCAAAUAGCUACCAAGAACUUGUUGUUUUGCUGUUUGGUGGAGUAUGUAGUUUUGAGCUGUCGUAUAUGUACAUAAAAGGGGACUUGUACAGAGGAUAUUUUGCACAUCUGUGAUAUAAACAUGUACUCAUGAUUACAAACUAGAGGUAAUGUAUGUAUAAUAUUUAGAUCAUGUACAUUUUUCUUGUGUUAUUUUAAAUAUUUAAAUUGUAAAUAUUUUUAACUGAAAACAUGUAGUUACAUUUUAUUUAAUAUUUGCUAAAUAAAUUUUUGAAAUGUUAAUUAGUAGGUUGUAUUUUCAUCCUUGUCCAUUCUCUUUCUUACUAAGCAUUUUUUUGUACUUACAACAUUUCUCAAUCAAUAUUUUUGUCUAAGAUUAUUUGUCAAUUUUUUCUUAAAGAGUAUUUAAAUGUAAAUUGAUGUUCUAAGAACGUCUGUUGUUAUUGAUGAAGUUGUAAGUAACCGGCCAUAGUGUAUGACACAAACUUGUGAAAAAAUAUACAUACUGUCUCAAUGAAAAUAAA